AUGAAUACUUCUCGCGCUCUCCGGGGAAUCUGGAAGGAGCACAUGAAGCCCAUCAAGAGGCAUAUCGAGGGUUUCAAGCAGGCCAAGGCCAAGCACAACACCUGGCUCCCAGCAAGCAUCCAGGGUCCCCUGACUCGACUCACCAGAGACUCGUACAUCAGGACCGGUGAUCUCGUCGGAACUGACUCUCGAGGAAAUACUUAUUACAUGAACAACGACUACCCUAUUCCUCGACAGCGAUGGGUUGUCUUUGCUGAGGAUACUUGGGAGAAGCGAUGGGACUUUGAUGCAUCUGAUGUUCCAUCUGAAUGGCACAGAUGGCUCGCUUAUAUGACCGAUGAUCCACCAACUGCCUACGGUGUUCCUCCAACUCCUCGAAAAUUCAUCACCGCUUACGAACGAAACCAAACCGGUACCGUCGACCGAUAUGUUCCCGCCACCACCACCCGAAAGAAGAUUGAAAGCUGGGAUCCAGAAGCCUAA